AUGCUGCUUCCGGGCACCUCGAGCUCUAUUAUGCGUCCGACUAAUUCUCGGCCAGGUGGAAUUUAUUCUCCUUCAAGCUUAAUGGGUCCUUUUACACCACCGAAUACACAAAGACAACCAUUUACUGCCACGUCUACCACUACUCGACCUCUAACCAACAUUUUUAACCCUUUUUCUCCAUUUACUAAUUCCUCUAAACGCCUUCCUUGUGGACUCAUGGAUCUUCUGGUACAACAAAGACCUCUGACUCAACGUGGAAAUAAUAACGCUAACGUUUCGAAAUCGACUGUGAAUCAGGUUAGGUUAUUUCUGUUUUUUUAA